AUGGGUCAGAAACAAUCAAAACUGUCGCCGCAGCAACUGGAAGAGCUGCAGAAGUCGACGCAUUUUGACAAGAAGGAAUUACAACAAUGGUACAAGGGAUUCUUGAAAGACUGCCCCACGGGCAUGUUGACCAAGGAAGAGUUUCAGAAGAUCUACCGACAAUUUUUUCCCUUCGGCGACCCGAACUCCUUUGCCGACUACGUCUUCAAAGUAUUUGACUCGGAUAAAAGCGGGACGAUUGACUUCAAGGAGUUCAUAUGUGCCUUGAGUGUGACUAGUCGAGGCAAGAUGGAAGAUAAACUAGACUGGGCAUUCCAACUUUAUGAUAUCGACGGGGACGGGAAGAUCAGCUACGACGAGAUGUUGGCAAUCGUGGAAGCCAUCUACAAAAUGGUGGGUUCUAUGGUUAAAUUGCCCGAAGAUGAAGAUACGCCAGAGAAAAGAGUAAGAAAGAUCUUCAGAAUGAUGGACAAGGACGAGAAUGGGAGUCUCGACAUGGCUGAGUUCAAGGAAGGAAGUAAACGGGAUGAGACCAUUGUGUCGGCUCUCUCACUGUAUGACGGCCUGGUAUGA